CGCCUGUUCCUGGUGCCCUUGGCGCGGCCGCUGCGGGUCCCGGCGCCGGCGGGAGCAGCGUCAUGGUCCUUCAAGCUGUGCGUGAACACUGGGUUCACAUCCUUGUUCCCUUAGGAUUUGUGAUUGGAUGCUAUUUGGACAGAUGGAAUGAUGAAAAAUUGUCUGCCUUCAGAAACAAGAGCCUGUUAUAUAGAAGGGACUUGAAGCCUGGUGAAGAAGUGACUUGGAAAUAAAAGCUGAUGAUGAAAAGGAAGACAYUUUCRUUUGGUUCAUCAUCUUGUUUCACAUAUUGAAAGAACAGGAAUAUGGUUUUUACCCUGAGAGGAUACUACAGUAAACGACGUCUGCAGUUCAUCAGUGCUGGUUUAAUUUCCAGAGUUACUUUUUCAAGUUGAUUUAAUUACAUGAUUAAUAUGUGUUCAGGAAUUCCAUUAGUCCAUAAGCAUUGAGAAAAUUUUGUUCCCUACUCUGGAAGGGAGAGGAAGAAUUAAUAGAAUAAAGAAAAACUAUGCAAAAAUCA